AUGGCAUCAACAGCAACCUCGAGGUCGAGCCGAACAAAACGGGGUGUCAAGAACACCACAGAGAAGAAGCUGGAGAUUGUAACCUGGGAAUCGGAAGGGAUAGAGCCGAUGACAAGCUUCGAAGAUAUGUGCCUUAAAGACGAGCUCCUCCGAGGCAUCUACAACCAUGGCUUUGAGAAGCCCUCAGCUAUCCAACAACGGGCCAUCAAAGUUAUUAUUGAGGGAAGGGACGUUAUCGCUCAGGCACAGUCCGGUACCGGAAAGACAUCAAUGAUCGCACUCGCCGCUUGCCAAAUGGUUGACACCGCCUCCAGAGAGGUUCAGGCAUUGAUACUUUCUCCAACGAGGGAAUUGGCAGCCCAGACAGAGAAAGUGAUAAUGGCAAUGGGGAAUUAUCUAAAUAUUCAGGUACAUUCAUGCAUAGGAGGCAAAAGCUUGGGUGAGGAUAUCAGAAGGCUAGAGAACGGUGUUCAUGUGGUGUCUGGCACUCCUGGUAGAGUCUGUGACAUGCUCGACAGGAAAACUCUACGUCCUCGACAAAUUAAAUUAUUAGUCCUCGACGAAUCUGAUGAAAUGUUGAGCAGAGGCUUCAAGAAUCAGAUUUACAACGUCUACCGCUAUCUUUCGCCUGACGUCCAAGUUUGCUUGAUUUCGGCUACACUUCCGAAUGAGAUUCUCGAGAUGACUAAACUGUUCAUGACUGAUCCUGUAAGGAUCUUGGUCAAGCGUGAUGAGCUGACUUUAGAGGGAAUCAAGCAAUUUUUUGUUUCAGUUGAAAGAGAGGAUUGGAAGUUUGAUACUCUUUGUGAUCUCUAUGACACCCUCACGAUCACACAAGCUGUUGUUUUCUGCAACACAAAGCGAAAGGUCGAUUGGCUUAGCGAAAAGCUGCGGAGCAAUAACUUUACUGUGUCGUCAAUGCAUGGAGACAUGCCUCAGAAAGAGAGAGACGCUAUAAUGAAAGAUUUCAAGAACACUGAAUCACGCGUCCUCGUCACAACAGAUGUUUGGGCUCGGGGAAUCGAUGUUCGGAGCGUUUCGUUGGUUAUCAACUAUGAUCUUCCAAACAACCGAGAGCUGUACAUUCAUAGGAUUGGUCGUUCGGGUCGUUUUGGAAGCAAGGGUGUUGCAAUCAACUUUGUCAAGAACGAUGAUAUCAGGAUCUUAAGAGACAUUGAACAGUACUACAGUACCCAGAUUGAUGAGAUGCCCAUGAAUGUGACUGAUUUACUAUAA